UCUCUUUUAUUCGUCUAUUCAGGUGGGAACAAGGGGUUCGAUAAGGUGGUGUGGGACAUAGUUGACCGUAAAGAAGGGAAAAACCCAUCAACAAUGAAGCUUGAAAUGGAAGCUGUGCCCAAGAACAAGGCUACUCCAAUUAACUUAGCUCAGUAUACCUACUGCAAUUUGGCUGGUCACAGCUCUGGGAAUGUUCUUGAGCAUGUGGUUCAGAUUUGGGCAAAUCACAUUACCCCUGUUGAUGAGAACACAAUCCCCACAGGUGAAAUCAUUCUUGUUAAAGGUACCCCCUUUGAUUUCACAACAGAAAAGAAGUUUGGUGCCUCGAUCCAUGAGGUUCCUGGCUUGGGUUAUGAUCACAAUUAUGUGCUCGACUGUGGUGAAGAGAAAUCAGGCUUGAAACAUGCUGCUAAAGUGAAAGAUUCCUCAAGCUCAAGGGUUCUGAACUUAUGGACUGAUGCCCCUGGUGUGCAGUUUUAUACUGGGAACUAUGUUAAUGGUGUUGUUGGUAAAAGUGGAGCAGUUUAUGGAAAGCACUCAGGGCUUUGUUUGGAGACGCAGGGAUUCCCUAAUGCUAUUAACCAACCAAACUUUCCAUCUGUUGUUAUUCAACCAACUGAGAAGUACAAACAUACCAUGUUGUUUGAGUUCUCAGUGGAGUAAACAGUCAUCUUCGAAGAGGUACAUAGGUGCACAAAUUCUGUCUUUUUCUUUUUUCAAGUUUCUUUUUUGAAGUCCAACUC